AUGUUUGAACGCAGACAAGUUGGAGGCGAUGAACCAGAUGUGGUCAUCGCUGGAGCAUCCUCGUAUAACGGCCUCAACCUGGUUCCCCAAAUGGGAUGGAACAACUGGAACGCCUUUCACUGCGAUGUGAACGAAUCGUUGCUUUUGACCACCGCACAGGACAUGAUUGACUACGGUCUGCGCGAUCUUGGAUACAAUCACAUUGUCCUCGACGACUGCUGGGCCGUUGGAAGAAACGAGAGCGGUUUCCUCGUUGAAGACAGCUACAAGUUCCCCAGCGGCAUGAAGGCUGUUGCUGACCAGAUCCACGAUCUGGGCUUCAAGUUUGGCAUGUACUCUUCUGCUGGCGUUUUGACGUGCGGGAGGUACCCAGGAAGUCUUGGUUACGAGAAGAAGGAUGCCGAUCUUUGGGCUUCGUGGGGCGUCGACUACCUCAAGUACGACAACUGCUUCAACCAGGGCCAGUCCGGCACACCGAAGCUUUCCUUUGACCGCUACAAUGUCAUGUCGGAGGCUCUCAACGCCACUGGCCGCGAGAUGGUUUACGCAAUGUGCAACUGGGGUAACGACGACCCCUUCGACUGGGCUUACAGGAUCGCAAACUCUGGCCGUAUGUCCGGUGACAUCUACGAUUCUUUCAACCGACCUGACGACCGUUGCCCCUGCACCGAAGCCAUUGGCUGUGCAUGGCCUGGAUUCCACUGCUCUGUCAUGAACAUUCUGAACAAGAUGCCGGCUAUUACCUCGCGCACCAUGUCCGGCUACUUCAACGACAUGGACAUGCUUGAAAUCGGCAACGGUGGCCAGACUGACUCCGAGUACGUGGUUCAUUUCAGCAUGUGGGCCAUGAACAGUUCGCCUCUGCUCAUUGGAACCAACGUCGGUACUCUGUCCCCUGCCAACCUCGCCAUUUAUGCCAACCCUGCCAUCAUCGCUAUCAACCAGGACGCCUCCGCUGGUGCCGCCAAGCGUGUGUGGCGCUACCUGGUCGACGCUGAUGCGACUGGCGAGGGCGAGAUCUCUCUCUGGACCCGUACUCUGGCGAACGGCGACCGUAUUGUGGCCCUGCUGAAUGCUGGCAACACUACGCGCACCAUGAACGCUACCAUCGACGAGGUAUUCUUUGAUGAGCGCACCGCAGGAGCCUACCGCGCCCCACCCGAGCUCAGCCAGACUUGGGAUGUUUACGACCUGUGGGCAAACCGCAUGUCUGAGGCCGAGGCUGGUGCCGUUCUCGCUGGCAUGAAUGGAACCACCGUCCAGAUCAGCGGCAACAGCACCACCAGGUUCAAUGCGACUGCUAUGUCGUAUGCUGAUGGCAUCGAAGCCAUGCACCCUGCGCUCUGGGGCCAGCAGGUGGGCACCCUUGCCCCUGGCGGCCGCUUCGAGGCCGAAAUCGACAGGCACUCCGUUGGUGUGUACAGGCUGAAGUCUCAGGAGUCCAGCAUGAGGAAGAGGGACGAACUCUAG